UUCGUCGAGCCGGCAUCCUUUGAAUUUUUGUUUCAUGGACAUUUCUCUAAACGUGUAUCGUGUCAAUACUGUGAUCAAUUGAAAUGUAUUUAAAUAGAAAGUAUCAAAUGACUGCUGAACGAGAUAAUUGCGGCCUAGGCUCCUUAUUGCCAAUGUCUUGCAGAGGAAGAGCAGAAGCCUUCGCAAGAAGCCUUCACUCGCGGCUAUCAUCACUUGGAACCCAAAAUGGAGGUAAUGGAACUGCUACUGAAACCAGCUGGUUGCACUUGGGCGCCCAUGAGCCAUCCAUUGCCUUAUCUCAGCCCAGACAUUCGGGCGAAUCAGAAAUGUAUUUGGAUUUUGGCCUACUCGAAUCUCCCAGUCCCGAAGAAGAUUUGGAUGAAGCGGAAUUGCAUAGACUUAUUAAUAAAGAUAACCUUAAACACUUAAAUAGCGCAGACUGUCACUGUACAAAUACCAAAGAAAAAAAUAACAUUUUAUUAAAUAGUGCCACAAAAUCCACAUCGAACGAUAGCGAUUCCAGUGAUGGACCGUUUUACGAUACUGUUAACGAGCUUGAUUCGAGACUUACAAAUCACUUACACAACGAACAAACAGAAACAUCCCACCAAGAGGAUAACCCUUCCGUAUCAUCUACAACUAAUUCAAAAGAAAUAAGUAAUCAUUCAGAUGACUCCUAUGCAACAACCACUGAAAAUACAUUAAACUCAUUAUCUGAAGCAACAUCGACAUUAAGUUUAAAAGAUGAAAACACAAUCUCAAAUGAAGAAACAAAUGGUUCUUUAACAGAUAUAUCUGAAAAUAUACAGGCUGAUGACAUAGACUGUUGCCCAAAAAGUGAGGAAAAAGAAACAUAUGUUAAUGGUAAAAGUAUUGCAAAAGACUUAACGGUGGAAUGUCCGAUAUUUAAAGCCAUCAUAAAUGACACAAGUAAAAAUGAAGAGGUGAUUCAAAUAACACAAGAUGGAGACAAUAUAGAAAUACGCACAAGCAGCGAGUUCGAUGAUCAAGAAGAAAGAAUUCCAAGAGUAAGAAGAUGUUCUUCGCUAAAAACCGGCAAAACUCCACCUGGAACACCUGGAAGAAAAAAGAUUGUUAGAUUUGCUGAUGUUUUAGGAUUAGAUUUGGCAGAUGUAAGAACGUUCUUAGAUGAAAUACCCAAAAUUCCAACAUCGGCCUAUGAAGACUUAAGAGACGUAGAAAUAAACGAUACUUCUGUCGAACCUCUUUCAAAUGUAUCACUUAAGUGCCAUGGAGUCAAAGUUGACAAAAUUUUACUUCCAUUGUUUCAACAACCAGGAGCUUUACCAAACUACAUGGAUCUUGUUCGAGAUAACUGCGUUUGUUUGGAAAAUGCCAUUGUCGAUGAUCCUGUUAAUUUUGCCAUAAAGGGGACUGUUCGAGUUAGAAAUCUGGAUUUCCAUAAAUCAGUACAUAUCAGAUAUACACUUGAUUCAUGGAAAACCUUUUUCGACGUCCAAGGAAACUAUGUACAAAACUCAUGUGAUGGAUUUUCGGACACGUUUACUUUUGUCAUUUACCCACGUAAUCUAUCGGUUGGACAUAGGUUGGAGUUUGCUGUUAGGUUCCAGUGUAAAGGUUUUCAGUAUUGGGACAGUAACAAAGGAGUCAAUUAUUGCUUUCAGUGCCUACCAUCGACGAACAACACACCCUACACACCCAUUACAGGCGCCGAUUUCGAUCAUUGGGGAGCCAGUUUUUACUACUAAUGAGGUACAGCAGACACUCUUUCGGGUUAGGCUGAACAUUAAGAAUAAUGCAUGAUAGGUAGAGGUGAAUGUUUUUGAAAACCAAAAACGUGAUUUUCCAGGAUUGUUAGACACACUUGACGUUAAAUAAAAGCACGGUUGUGCAUUGCUGGCCAACCAAAAAAAUGCGUAGACAGCUGCUUUUAAUAUAGCUGUGUGUCAAGUCUACAAAAUUCAACUGAAUCUAGCAACAACAUAGAGCAACAUCAAAUGAAACCAGCUGCAGUGCAGGACUAUAUUGAUAAAACUUUGUCAGCAAAAAAUCAAGGAAAGCCACCAACAAAAGUGGAUCAUACAUUUACUUUAAUUUCUGUUUUGUUAUUAUCCAUAAUUUUUUUAUAUUUUCAAAAAGUUGUAUAUUUUACAUAGGAUAUUAUUGAACAAUAUUUUUUAUAUAGAGAAAGUAAAUUAUUGGUGGAAAUAAAAUGUGCCCCACAUACUAUGAAAAUGUUAUAUUUCUUUAGCUCUAUUUUAAAUAAUUUAAAGAUUGAAGAUUGUUCUAAAUUAAUUGUAUGCUGCUCAAAUAACAGGUUUAAUGUGCAAGUUGUGUAUAAAUAUAACAAAAAUUUGUUGAAAUUUCAUGACAAAAAAAGGAAAUAUGAAGAUUUCUACUUUUUAUUAAAAAUUUAAAUUAAAUUCCCCAAAAAGGAUAAAUUAACAACUAUGAAAUUACCUAGUCAAAUGAAACAAACAUAUUUGAUUAUGCAUGAUUUUAUAAAAGUGCAUUGAUAUUGUGAUUAUUUUAUUAUAAAGUGAUAUAUUAAUAUUUAUGUAAAAAAAAUUAAACAAAAACUAAAAAUACUGCUUAGCUAUUAAAACCGCACAAUAAAUAUAAAAAUAAUAACUAAUGUAAAAAUUGUUGGUGCCUUUCUGUUAUUAUUUUAAAGUUUAAGUAUAAUUUACUGGUUCCUAUUUUUAAUCGGCUGUGGACGUUAUUGAGAUUAUUUAUUUUGUUAAUUUAUCCUUAAUUGUAUAGCUCAUCUGAUAUUUGGAGUAUUAUUUAUUAAUAUGUAGUUAAAAAAUAAACGUAUAAAAAAAUGAAAUAUUGCAAUAUUAAGAUAACUAACUAUAGUUACACAAAAAACUAAUACUAAAUUAAUAUUAGAUGGUCUAUAAAAACUAAUCCUUAUAAGUUAUGAAAAACAUGUCCUUAAAAACUGCGUACAUACAUUUUUUUAAAUUAUUUUAAUUACUGUACAAUGUUUUGUUAAAGCGGCCUUAAAAGUAACAAAUUUCAGGAAAUAUAUUAAUUGUUGUUAAUUAGAUAUGUAGAAGAAGAUAAAUUUAAAUAUUUUUAUAUUAAAAAUAUAUUUAUUGUUUUUGUACUAUUUUUCUUGUGCAUGGUGUUUGUAUAUAGUAUUUUUAGGUUACCAUGAACAAUUUUAAACUUGCAUUUUAUUUUAUUAUUUUACAAAAAUUAUUUUAAAUUAUGUAGACAUGUUAUAUUUAGAUUGUUUUACUCGAAUAUUUUAAUUGUUAUAAUUUUUAUGUUAUAUGUAUAUAUAAAAUGGCGAGUUGGAUAUAAUGGGCUUUUGUUUAUUGUAACUGAUAUUAAAAUAAAUUCCGCAGAAGGAAAAUGGGUGCUUUUUAAUGUUUUUGACUUUUAUUGCCCUUAUCAGUUACAUAUCUUUCAUUAUUAAUCAACUGCUUCCUAAUUUAAAUAUAUUUUACAUUAUGAAACUAUUAUAUGUAUUCUAUUAAUGUUUUUAUUAAAUAAUUAGGUUAAAUUUACAUUUUUUAAUGCUGUGCUUGACACAUUAAACCUUGUUACAUGAUGAGUUAAGGUACCAUAUUUAAUUUAAUAUAUAUAUAUAUAUAAUAUAUAUAUUAU